AUGUCGUCCACUUCCACCACCACCAGCGCCGUCGCCGUCGCAGCUACAGCUGAUAUGGACGCACAGCCCUCGAUAUCCUCGCCGAUGCCGGCGCGAUCCACCACCACGACCCCCGCCUCCCACACCCCGGCCCACACCCCGACGGUCACCCCGUCGCGCUCCCUCUUCUCAAAGUACACGGACCAGUACGUCGUCCCAGCGCACCUCGCACCCGCCGCGCUCCAGAUCUGCAUCACCGCCUUCCCGCUCGGCCUCGUCGCCGGCCUGGUGCUCCCCCGGGCGCUCGGCUUCCUCGUCGACCGAGCCACCAGCCUCGUCUCGAGCAACGACAGCGCCAACGCCGCCCAAGCGACGACCUUCGGGAGCUGGUACACGCUGCCCCAGCUCCACCUCUACCUCUUGGCGUGGUGCACCUUCCACCUCCUCGAGUUUGUCAUCACGGCAGCGUACAACCCGACGCGCCUCUUUUCCGACUCGUUCCUCCUCAACAACGGACUGGCCUACCACGUCGCCCACGUCGCCGGCCUCGUCGAGUUUGGCAUCACCGCCACCCUGGCCGGCCCGGCGUCGGGCUGGAAGCGCCCGGGCCUCUCGACGCUAGUCGGCCUGAUCCUCGUCGUCGUCGGCCAGUCGAUCCGCAGCCUCGCCAUGAUCCACGCCCACAACAACUUUAGCCACAUUGUCGCCUUCCGAAAGAGGGACGACCACCAGCUCGUAAAGACGGGCGUGUACGCCGUCAAGCUCAACCACCCAUCGAUCUUGUUGGGCAACCCGCUGGGCUGUCUCGCCUUUUCCAUCGUGCUGUGGCGCUUCUUUGCCCACCGCAUCAGAGUCGAGGAAAAGCACCUCAUCGAGUUUUUCAAGGACGAGUAUGUCCAGUAUAAAAAGGACGUCGGGACUCACCUCCCCUUCAUCCCGUAG